UUAAUUUUCACACACAGAUAAGUGUACUCCAAUGACUUUCCCCAAGUUCACCGGAAGUUGAUAACUCGCCUUAGCAAAGCAUGGUGUGAACGAUAGGGGAUAAUAUCCGUAAAUGGCAAACAACAGAGUAUUGCAAUGGGCAACGUUUGCUCGCACAUGGUGGAUAUAUGAUGCCAACUGCCAGUGUCCCUUCAAGUCAGCCAAGGUCCUCGUCCCCCACCUCCAGGGGAAACACAAGCCAAUAUAUCACCCGCUCAGUGACAUCGGCGACCAUGUUGUUGUCAUCAACACGAAGCACAUUGCUAUGAAGGGAGACUACUGGAGGAAAUGGCGGUAUCAUCAUCACACAGGACAUGGGGGUGGCUACACUGCCACAUCGGCAUGGAGACUGCACCAGCUGGAUGCCACAAAGAUCAUGUACAGAGCUGUAUACAGCCGUCUCCCGGGCAACCUGCUGAGACACACCAUCAUGAGAAGACUACAUCUGUUUGAGGAGGAGAAUGUCCCUGAGGAGAUCCUGGCCAAUGUCACCGGUCAGAUCCGUCAAGUGAUGCCAGUGCCAAAACGAUAUGAUGAAUACACGGAGGAGGAAAGAAAGACAUUCCCCAGACUCUUUGACUGGCCAGAAGAUCAUGUGCUGGACUAUGGGAAGAAGAAGGAUGACCUUUCAUAGUUUAAGCUGUAGGACACAACUACCAGGGAAUGUGGCCAGCCUGGGGCUGAAACCUGGACACAGGAAUAUCCUCGGGUUGGUCUGUGUGUCCAGCAGUGUGUGUGUCCAGCAUACAGGACAUAUUGGGACAGCAAUCAGACAUAAACAUGUACACCUGGGAUGGAAGGUUCGAUGUCAUGGUCAGAUGUGUGUGUGUGUGUGUAGAAAUUACAAAAAUAUUUGUAUGUGUGUUUUAAAGGAAAUAAACCAGUUGUUUACAUGAAGAACUUUA